AUGUGUAUUGCAUAUGCGGUCGUUGAAGCCGACACCACUGGCCACCGGCUGGUUCGGGCUCUCGUCUGGAGCCUCGAAUACCUCAAAAAUACGGUCGGCUCCUUGCCUCCCAAGCACCGGCAGAGGAUGAAGUUUCCCUUUUCCAUCCUAUCAAAAAUACUCUCAUGGGUUGUAUUCUUUUGUCGACUCUCUCUCUCUCUCUCUCUCUCUCUUACCCUUACCCGAUCUAUUCAUCUUACAGUUCACCAUCGCCAGGGCGCGUAUACCGGCGAGAUCAAGGCAGCAUCACCGAAUGUCAAGAGAAGGCUUUUCUUUUCGAUUAGGAUAUUUGGAAAAUGA